AUGGACUGGGAUAGCAAAUUAUGUUUUGAAUUAAUUGAAGAAUAUCGACUUAAUGAAGUGCUAUGGGACCCACAAAAUCCAUCGUAUUUUUUCAAAAAUGCGAAAUUCGAUGCGUGGUGUUCUAUUUCGAAAAAACUAAAUAAAGACGUCGAAGAGGUAAAAAAGAAAAUGCUUAGUUUACAAGGAUCAUUUCGCCGAGAAAAGGCAAAAAUAAAAAAUAGCAUUGGGACUGGAAAAGGAGCCAACGAAAUUUACCAAUCAAAAUGGUUCAAAUAUGAAUCAAUGGUGGCAUUUUUAAGAGAUCGUGAUGACCCAAGGAGCACAAUUAGUAGCGAAAAUCUCUACGACACUAUUAACACCAUACUAUUAAGUAAUAUCAUUACUACACAUCAAUAUCAUACUAGUAUUUAUAAUCAAUGGUAA